AUGGCCGCUUCUGGCGGUUUGCCGUUCAACCCCUUCAACGGGGUCAACGGGGUCAACCCUCUCUCUGACGCGCUCCGCGCUCGUCCGCCGGCGGCCCUUUCCUGCUCGCUCUCUCAAGGGCUGUCGCUCUCGCUGCUCUCGUCGCUGUCUGCCACGUGGCAGCACGGCAAGCACCGCCUUAGAGCCAGUGCAUCGGACGCAUCUCAGCCGUUGGAAGAACCAUCACAGAAGAAAGGCCAAUCUGGGUCGUUGCUGGAGAGAUUCCCCCUCAAGGCAGCGGUGACGGCAAGUGGGCUGGCCCUGACGGGUGACACAAUCGCACAGCUGGUGGAGCGGUACCGACGCCGGCAAGCUAAGGAGAUUGAGAUAGAGGCGUCGUCGCCGUGCUGCAGAAAGAGACUGCGGGGAGUGGCAGACAAGGAGCUGUGGCAACAUGAUUUUAUCCGCGCUCUUCGCAUGGCCUCAUAUGGCUUCCUGCUCUACGGACCCGGCAGCUAUGUGUGGUACCAGCGCCUUGACCGCCUGUUGCCUGCUCCCACGCUCACAAACUUCGUGCUCAAGGUGACAGCGAAUCAGGUGGUGCUGGGGCCGUGUGUGCUUCUGGUGGUGUUUGCAUGGAACAUGGCGUGGAUGGGCAAGGCCAAACACAUCCCAGACAAAUACCGCAGGGACUUCUUCCCGUCUCUUGUUGAUGGGUGGAAGUUCUGGAUUCCGGCUGCAAGCCUCAACUUUGCAGUUGUCCCGUUAGAGGCGCGAGUGGCGUUCAUGUCAGUGUGUGCCAUCUUUUGGAACUUCUACCUCUCCUCCUCCGUCGGCAAGGAAUCUGCUGCUCCCAAGCUCCCACCUGCAUCCCCCCCUGCUAGCGCUGCCGCCCCUGCUGCCCCUGCUGCUGCCGGUGCCUAG